GUUUAAAAACAGUGAUCUCCACUUAGCUUGUAAAUGCGCAUCGCCCUCUUUCUCACUCAUAUAUUCUCUCUCCCUCUCUCUCUCUGACACACACACACACAUACACGCUCCUGGAUUUGCAGAAGACAGGCAUCUAGGGCACUUCUUGGCAUCCCCAGGAAAAUCACAUGGGAUUAAAAACCCCACAGCAGAAUUGCUGAAAGCUGCCUCUCGAGGAUUACAACUUCACCUUUUGCUUUUACGGAUGCUUGUUUACUACCCAUGUGGUAACCUCUGGACAGCCAGUGAUCCAUUCAUUAUCCCCCCUGAUUGAGUGCGGGAGGAGUGCAGUGGUAACUCCUUCCCUCAGCUGACGGCAGACAACAAAAGGAGGAAAAUGAUGAAUUCGGACAAUUUAACCUCCCAAAGCUUCCUCUCUGCCAUUCACAGCAACACCAGCAAUUUAUUCUCAGGGCUCCAGUUUGUUCAGUCCUUCAAGCCACUCAUCAUCCCCUGCUACUCGCUGGUGGUUUUUAUUGGUGUCAUCGGGAAUUACCUUCUCAUUUACGUUAUCUGCAAGACAAAAAAAAUGCACAAUGUCACCAACUUUCUGGUGGGCAAUCUGGCUUUCUCRGACAUGCUGAUGUGUGCCACCUGCGUGCCCCUGACCCUGGCCUACGCCUUUGAGCCCCGGGGAUGGGUGUACGGGCGUUUCAUGUGUUACUUUGUGUUCCUGAUGCAGCCCGUGACGGUGUUUGUGUCCGUGUUCACGCUGACUGUCAUUGCAGUGGACAGGUACUGUGCCACCGUGUACCCGUUCCGCAGGAGGCUCACCAUCCCYGUCUGUGCCUACAUCCUGGCUGCCAUCUGGCUGCUCAGCUGCACUUUGGCUGCCCCAGCCUUGGUGCACACUUACCAUGCCGAGUUCCCCGAGCUGGACUUCUCCAUCUGCGAGGAGUUUUGGUUCCACAUGAAAAGGGAUCGCUUGGCUUACGCCUACAGCACCCUCAUCAUCACCUACGUGUUGCCUCUGGCUGUUAUCUCGCUGUCCUACCUGAGGAUCUCGGUCAAGCUGAAGAACCGUGUCGUGCCAGGCAAUGUCACCCAGGGCCAAGCUGAGUGGGACCGUGCCAGGAGGAGGAAGACUUUUCGCYUGUUGGUUUUAGUGGUGGCAGCUUUUGGGGUCUGUUGGCUGCCCCUGCACAUCUUCAACAUGAUAAAGGACAUCGACAUCAGCUUGAUUGACAAGCAGUACUUCAACUUCAUCCAGCUGCUGUGCCACUGGUUUGCAAUGAUGUCUGCUUGUACCAACGCCUUCCUCUAUGCUUGGCUUCAUGACAGCUUCAGGGGAGAGCUGAAAAAAAUGUUUGCCUGGAGGAAGAAGAAAAUUGGACCCACUACAAACUGCAUUAUGGCCAGUGUGGUGCUGUAAAUGAGAGCUGGUGGGAGUGCUCCUCCUUUGUACAGUUUCAUUGUAAGUCUUUUCCACUUCUAAUUAGCCCUCAUUCCUGACAUUUGUCCUUAGGGCUCAAUUAAAACAACACGAGUCCCAUGUGCAUCUUCCCCAGCACCUCCACUUCUAAAGGAGAAUGACAGGCAGAUGUCAUGCCCCAAAAACAUCUUUAUUCCUUUGACUGG